AUGUUUACCCUCGACACCACACAGACAGUUGCGUUCAAGAUGGUGCUUUUGGACAACCUAGAUGCGCCGCACCGCAUACUCGGCGUGGCGGCUGUAACCUUUGCCCUUGCACUAUUUGCCCUCUAUCAAUACCUCCUACCCAAGCCCAUUCCCGGCAUCCCAUACAGCCCAUCAGCAACCAAGUCUUUAUUGGGCGACAUACCGACAAUGCUCAAAGAAUGCAACGGCACCCCCCUGCGUUGGAUAGUUGGCCAGGGCAAGCGUUGGAACAGCCCCAUCUUCCAAGUCUUCUUGGUCCCUUUUGCGAAGCCUGCGGUAGUUAUCAGCGACUUCCGCGAGGCGCAGGACAUCCUCAUGCGCCGGAAGGAAUUCGACCGCUCCGACUGGACCAUCGACAGCCUGAGUGGCGAAAUCCCGCAGUUCCACCUCAACCUCAAGACGGGUCCUGAGUGGAAGGGCCACCGACGACUGCUGCAGGACCUGAUGACGCCGGCGUUCCUAAGCAGCGUCGCGGCGCCCAACAUCUACACCAGCGCCGCUAACCUCGUGGACCUGUGGAAGACCAAGGCGCGCCUCGCGGGCGGCCGAGCCUUCUCCGCCGACCAAGACUUCUAUCAUGCCGCGCUUGACGCCGUCUUGGAUUUCGGAUUCGGGGACAGUUAUCUUCACCGGGCACUGAAGCCGCAAGCCGAGUUGCUCAUGGGGCAAGAGAAACAAUCAGUGCAGGCCAUCUCGGCCACGGCGGAUCCCGUGGAAUUCCCUAUAGCCCAACCCCACGAGUCGAUCAAGGCAAUCCUAGCUGCCGGCGACCUCAUACAAGAUAUUGCCGAGUCCGGAUUCGUGAAACUCACGUGGUGGUGGAAGAAGCUUCAGCCCAGGGAGAGGAAGCUCAUGGACCAGCGAGCUCAGUUCGUCAAGGAGCAGGUUUAUCGUGCCAUUGAGAAACUACAAAAGGACACCGAUGAGGAUAGCGAGUCCUGGGUCAAGUGCGCCGUCGAUCUCAUCAUUCAGAGGGAGCGCAAAUUCGCCAAAAAGGAAGGUCGUGAACCGGUAUAUUGGUCGUCAGUCAUGAAGGACGAGCUUCUUGGCUUCAUCAUGGCCGGUCACGAUACCACCAGCACUACUCUUUCAUGGGGCGUGAAGCUGUUGGCCGAUUGCCCACGAGCCCAAACCAAGCUCCGCCAGGACCUGCGGGCCGCUCACGCCUCGGCCCUCGUCGAGAACCGCGCCCCCUCGCACAGCGAGAUCAGCACGACCAGGAUCCCAUACCUCGACGCCGUCAUCGAGGAGGUCCUGCGCCUCGCCCACACCGCCCCGGUCAUGGACCGACAGUGCACGCAGGACACGGUGGUCCUCGGCCACCGCAUCCCGGCGGGUACGAUUGUCCUCAUGCCCAACAUCGGCCCGAGCUACACCUCGCCGUCGUUCGAGAUCGACGAGGCGGUGCGGAACGAGACGUCCAAGCAGGCAGCCAAGGAUCGGGGCGUCCGCUCCUGGCCCGCGGACGGCAUUGACGUCUUCCGGCCGGAGCGGUGGCUGGUCACGGACGAUGAGACGGGCGGGGAGCGCUACGACGCCACUUCGGGGCCGGCGAUCCCCUUCGGACUGGGUACCAGGGGCUGCUUCGGACGCAAGCUGGCGUAUCUGGAGCUGAAGCUGCUCGUGACCCUGAUCAUCUGGAACUUUGAGCUGCUGCCGUGCGCCAAGGAGAUCUCGACUUACGAGCCCGUCGAGGGCAUCACGUCCAGGCCAAAGCAUUGCUAUGUCAGACUUGGUGAUGUAGCCAUGUAA